UCAUUCCACAAUAAAAUUAAGAAAGAAGAAGAAUAUGUUGUUUACAUUCUUCCAACUUUUUAUCAAAACGUACUAAACGUUUGUUUUUCUUUCCCUCGAAAAAUGGCAUCCACAUUGGAACAGUACAUAAAUCAUACCGUGUCCAUUAUAACUGCAGAUGGACGUAACUUCAUUGGAACAUUGAAAGGAUUCGAUCAAACUAUAAAUAUCAUAUUGGAUGAAUCACAUGAGCGGGUAUUCUCCACAACAUCCGGCAUUGAGCAAAUCGUUUUGGGUCUACAUAUUAUUCGAGGUGACAACAUCGCUGUAAUAGGACAAAUAGAUGAAACGAUUGAUUCCCGCCUGGAUUUUGCCAAUAUACGUGGUGAACCAUUGGGCCCAGUUGUUCAUUGAGAUGGUGUGAAAAUUGUAAAAUGUCGUUGCCUACUAGUCUGUAAAAAAACAAAAUGAAUGAAAUAAAACAAUACAUUACAUUUAAGUAAAACAA